AUGGCCGGAGUUGAGAAACAACAGUCCAGCAGUGCUGAUCGCAUGGUUGGCAUGGACCAUGCUGAAGUUCGUUAUUUCACGAGUUAUGAUCACCAUGGCAUUCACGAGGAGAUGCUUAAAGACGAUGUUCGCACCAGAUCUUACCGCGACUCCAUUUACCAGAACCGUCACAUUUUCAAGGACAAGGUUGUUCUCGAUGUCGGCUGCGGUACCGGUAUUCUUAGCAUGUUUGCUGCCAAGGCCGGUGCUAAGCAUGUGAUGGGUGUUGAUAUGUCCUCGAUCAUCGAGAAGGCCCGUGAAAUCGUUGAGGUCAACGGCCUGACCAGCAAGAUCACCCUCCUGCAGGGAAAGAUGGAGGAGGUUGUCCUGCCCUACCCCAAGGUUGACAUUAUCAUCUCCGAGUGGAUGGGCUACUUCCUUCUCUACGAGUCCAUGCUGGACACUGUCCUCUAUGCCCGCGACCGCUACCUCGUCCCCGGUGGCAAGAUCUUCCCCGACAAGGCUACCAUGUACCUGGCCGCUAUUGAAGACGGCGAGUACAAGGAUGAUAAGAUUGGAUUCUGGGACAACGUCUAUGGCUUUGAUUACAGCCCCAUGAAGGAAACUGCCCUCACUGAGCCUCUUGUGGAUACAGUCGAGAUGAAGGCACUUGUCUCUGACCCUUGCCCCAUCAUUUCAUUCGAUCUCUACACUGUCACCAAGGAAGAUCUUGCAUUCAAGGUACCCUACUCGCUCACUAUCAAGCGCAGCGAUUUUGUCCAUGCCGUUAUCGCCUGGUUCGAUAUCGAAUUUGGCGCUUGCCACAAGCCAAUCCUUUUUUCUACUGGCCCCCAUGCCAAGUACACCCACUGGAAGCAGACCGUUUUCUAUCUGCGGGAUGUCCUUACCGUUGAGGAAGAGGAAGUUGUGUCUGGUAUGCUCGAGAACAAGCCCAAUGACAAGAACAAGCGCGACCUUGAUAUCAGCAUCACCUACAAGCUGGAGACUACGGACCAGAACCGCACCGCCGAGGGUGGCUGCUUCUACAGAAUGUAA